ACACGCAAGAUGCUGCUCACAACGGCUGUCCAGAACCAAGAGCAGCGAAUAUAAUCGGGGAAAAAGUUAAUUGCCAUCGGAAACAGAGCAACGAACACAUGCCUUGAAACCCGGCAGGUGUCUCGGUCUGAAGUUGUUGAAUCUAAUAGUAGCUUGUUUGAUCUCCAUUCGGAAACACGACGUCCGCUGCGGCAGGAGAGAAAGAGAGAGCUCGGAGAUGGACCGGCUCGAGACCGUUAUCCAUAUUUGAUUAAACCGCUCGAACGUCAUUUUCAUCGUCUAGUUGUAGACUUGACAGAUCUGUUGACUCGUUUUCAAUUCGUAUCGUCUAGUGCGCUGCGGUCGUCCAUUCAUUCCUGGUCUGAUUUGUUUUGAAACGGACAAAGUACAGUAUUCUCGGUGAUUAUUUUUGUUCUUCAAACCGCAAUUGUUCCCUUUUUGCCAGUUCCAGGAUCAUAACGACUUCGAUUCGAUUAUAAAACAAAAAGUAAUUUUAAUUAAUACUUGCUGUUCAAAAUACAACCUCGAGUAUGAAGCGCGCGAAAGAAGCCAUCUGGGUGGGGGUAUUAAUACUAGGAAUAAACCUCACGAUUUACAUCUUACCUUCCCAGACGGACAUCACAGGAUGGCGCCAAUCCUUGGCAUCUCAUAGCCAGAAGUUAUUAUAUGCUGCAUCAGAGGAGUUUCACCCGAAGGACGUGACCGCCAUCGAGAGAAGCAAGAAGCCCAUGUUCAUCCUACUCCUGUGUUCCUCCGGCCGGAGCGGUUCCACUUUCGUGGCAGAGCUGCUGGGCACUCGAGGAAAUUCCGUUGUGUUCUAUGAGCCGCUGUUCAAAACGGUUACCGAACAGAAACUCCCGUGUCAUGUUAAUGGCACCUGUAUCCCCGAGUACUUGAAAAGCAUCGCCGCGUGCGAUUACACGCAGGAGUUCGAGGAUUGGUUUAAGGAAAAGACCUUAUUCUACAGUUACUUUCACACCGAGGUGACCAACUGCUUCGUAUACGCGGACAAUAAAAAGAAGUGCAAGAUGAUCGACGUACGCGGCAAGUGUCGAAACUCGGUGUUGAGAGUUAUCAAAGUGAUCAGGUCGCGGGUGGCCUGGGUAGAAGGCCUCUUGAAGGAUGACUCUCUGAACUUUAAAUUCAUUUACCUGACCCGUGACCCCAGAGCGACCUUGGCUUCUUACGUCCACAUGGGAUGGAAGAACACGCCCUCGGCACAGUGUUCCACAUUGCACCAAGAUCUGGUAGACUUCGAAAGGCUCGCGAAACUCUACCCAAACAAAGCCUACCAAUUGGAGGUCGAGAAGCUGAGCGCCGACCCGACGACGGCCAUUCCGAAAUUGUUCGAUUUCCUUUUCGGCAGUCCUGAGAUACAUGAUGAAACCAUGGCCUUCGUUAUGACGCACAUGUUCAACAACGUUUCCACCUCUUUCGGUUUGAACACGGCUGCGUACAGCUCCGAGGAGUACCAAGCAUGGAGGUGGGAGAUCACGGAACAGCUGCUGAACGAAACGGAAAAGGAACCGGUUUGUAAUUCUGUUCUGAAGAUGCUGAGACACGAGGUCUUCGGCUCCCUCAAAAGAGCCAGAGACAAAGGUGUUCCUUUAUUCAAUCACGCCAAAUGAAAAUAAAUUUCCUUCCCUUCUGUUACUCGUGUCAUUGAAAAGAUAAAAAAAAUAUGAUAAUUAUAAAUAGGUUAUUGAAAACUUGGGACAUCAUUUUACCAUCUUGGAGCUUGAAAAACUUUGAGUUAGUAUUGUUAGAGUCUCUCCCUGUUUGUCAAAUGUUCUUUUUAUUCUUACUAUAUUACCCACUCCACUUAUGAAGGCAAUAGUUAUUUUUCAAUUUCUCUUCGUUUUUCUGCCGUUGCCUGGCCAAUAACAGGGGAAAUUGUAAGACUGUCUUACCUUUGCUACUUAACAAAGAAAUGGUAAGUUUCAUAGUAGGUAUACAUACACUAAAUAUAUUAUAUACUUACACACACACACACACACACACACACACACACAUAUAUAUAUAUAUA